AUGUCUACCGAAAAAGCUCGAACAAUCAAUGAGCAAAAAUAUCCAAAUCCGGCCGCAACGAGUACAGAUAUUCCAUCGAAAAAAUCCGAUGAAAUCGAUGAAGUUGUGCCAAAAAGUAAGAGUAACGAUCCAAAUCACAACAGUCUUAAUGAAAAUCUACGACAGAAAACUAACACUCCCAGCCAGCAGUCGUCAACCAAACCGAAAGGUCUUUCAGCAUUUGAAGCUGGAGCUCGCUCAGCGGUUCCUGAACUCGCUGAUUCACAUCCUAAAGAUAUUGGCAAAACCAAAGGUAUUGGCAAUACUAAAGAUCAUCCUGUUGACGAGACUAAAAAUGUGUUUGGUCAUUUGAAGGCAAGUUGA